CACACUGAAGCUAAUACAGAGAUCACAACUCUAAGCUCCUAUGACCCCCACAAUUGCAGCUUCAACUAAAACAACUGUUUCUCCUACGACACAACAACUGCAGCAGCUCUACAACAACAACUGUAGCUGCCCACAAACAAACAGCAGCACCUACAUGUCAAUCACAACUGCAGGUCCUACUACCAUUUUAACUCCUACGACAAGCACAACUGAAGUUCCUUCAGAAGUCACAACUGUAGCUCCUUUGACCCCCACAAUUGCAGCUUCCACUUCAACAACUGUAGCUCCCACGACCACUACAACUGCAGCAGCUCCUACAACAACAACUGCAGCUAAUACUACAACAACUGUAGCUCCUACAACGCAAAUCACAACUGCAGUUCCUAAUACCAUUUUAAUUCCUACGGCAGUGACAACUGUAGCUCCUACAGCAACCACAACAGCAGCUAGUACAACAACUGUAGUUUCUAUGACAACCACAGCUGCAGCUUCUACUAAGGCAACCACAGCUGCCACUCAUACUAUGACAACAUCAACUGCAGCUCCUAUGAUAACUCUAGCUCAUUUUACAACAACACCUGUAACUCUAAUGGCAACCACAACUGCAGCUCCAACUGGAACAACUGCCUCGUUUUCGACAAAGACAACUGCAGUUCCUGCUACGACAACCAUAACAGCAGCUCCUACCACCAUAACUGCAGCUCCUCCUGCCAUAGCUGCAUUUACUACAAUAACUGUGGCUCCAUCAGCAACCACAACUACAGCUUCUACGAGAACCACCACAGGACCUACUAAAACAAACACAAAUGUAGCUCCUAUUAUUCCAACGAUGACAACCACAACUCCAGCUUCUAUGGCAACCAUCGCAGCUCCUACUGCAAUGACCACUACAACUAUGGCUCCUACUACUACAACUAGAACAGCAGCUCCUACAAGUACAACCACAACGGCAACUUUUACCUCAACUUCUACGGCUUCAGUGGCAUCAACUAGAUUUGGCACAGUGGUGGUUUUUAUAAGACUAGAGUUCCAGCUCAACACAGCAGUCCCCACUAAGGAUGAUGUCCUUGGUGCCGUCAACAAGAAACUGUCUCCUCAAUUCAGGACCUUCAAAAUUCAAAGAAACACUCAAGCCACCCUCCAGAAUGCAACUUAUAUCAAACUUGCAGAUACUUCAUUUGCUGUUGAUCUUGGUUUCAAAAUAACCAAUGUAUCCAUGGAGGAGAGACUGCUUAAAAGUGCUAGACUCACUUUCACCAAUGAUACCUACAGCCAGAUACAGGAUUCAAUUAACAGCCUACUGCAUGAUAUUCUCAGUGAACCAAACGGCAAACAAUUUGACUUUCCCAAAGCCAAAUUUAGUGUUGUUGGCAAUCAAAUCAGGGCAAACGUGACGUAUGUAUACAAAGAGAAAGACGUCAACCUCCCUAGUGCCUUUCUAGGGGAUGUUUUAAAAGUCUCAGGUCCCCUGACAACCACUGUUGCCCCAACAACAACUACCAGCACCGCACCACCUACUACCAUUUUGCUGACCACUCAUUUCAGUACAAGUGACAGAGGUUUUCCUGGCUGGGCUCUGGCCAUUAUCAUCCCUUGUGGCAUCGCUAUCAUUUUGGUACCUCUGUGGAUCCUGCUAUGUUGCAUGCUAUGUGGCGGCUGUGCAGGUUUAAGGAGACGCUGGCACAGACGUAGAUCUUACAACGCACAGUACACCACAAGAAACGGCCUCUUCUGAGGUGACAAGACUAUGAAAAUAACAGCCAAUCAUCUAUAUCUGCUCAUCAUCACAACAAAUAAUAUAUUUUUCAUGUAAUUCAUACACCAUUACUUUUGAGAAGAUCAAACACGGACUUGCUUAUAUUUUUAUAACAACAUUGCAUUGUUCUUGAUAGGGUUAAUAGGUCACAUGUUUCCCCAAUGUACUACUUUUUAAUAUUAUACAGUAUUUCUCAUUUUAGUCAAAGCUACAGCUGAGCUGGUAUAU